CCGCUUAAAGUUUUCUUUGGUCGAUAAAAUAAAAGAAGAAAAAGGAGAUCCACCUGACAGUGGAUGCAUAAGAAAAAGAAAAAUAAAUAUGCAGUAUCUUUCAAUCAGAGUAGAAUAAUUGUUUAUUUCUUUUCCCUGUCUCUUCUCUUUUCUAUUCAAUCUUUGCCAGUGGAGAGAGACUUGAACUGUGACAUCCGAUACAGUGAAGCCGGAAGAGAAAGCCGCCUUUGCAACUUCCCCCCAACUCGCCAUCUCUCCCUCUCUAACUCUCCAACUCGCAAAAGAACGGUCUGGACAAGACCUGCAUAGGGUGACACCGCAGGAAACGUUGCGGAGCGAGUGAUCGGUUGGCAAUAUCAGCUCUAGGCUCCGCACUUAAAGUUCUCUUACUUUGCUUUACACGAAGAAGGGGACGGCGA